CUAACUUGAGGGGCAAGACUAUAUCUAUUCACCUUUUUAGAUCAGCUCUGAGUCAUCGUGGCUAUCUUUUUAUCUAUGUUAACAAACGUUGUCCGUGCAUGCAUCCUAAAGCACUUUCCAUGGCUAUAAAAGCAACUCACAUCCAAAACAUCAGCAUCAACCAAGGUUCUCUUAUCGCUUCAAAUAAUCAUGGCACACACUAGUUUCUCGUCGGUUUUGUCUUACUUUUGCAUUUUCCUCUUGUUCCAUGGCUCCAUGGCUCAGGUGCCUGGACAGGGGUCCACAUGGCAAAGUCCUCGGCAAGGAGGUUCUAGAGAGUGCAGUUUUGAUAGGCUGCAAACAAUUGAACCACUUACGCAAGUGAGGUCACAAGCUGGUCUGACGGAGUAUUUUGAUGAGCAAAAUGAGCAAUUUCGUUGUGCCGGCGUAUCUGUCAUACGUCGUGUUAUCGAGCCUCGAGGCCUUUUAUUACCUCGAUACCACAACACCCCCGGCUUAGUCUACAUUCUCGAAGGUAGUGGUUUUGUAGGACUGGCUUUUCCUGGGUGCCCAGAGACUUUCCUGGAGCAGUUUCAACAAUCCAGGCAAACCCAAUCUACCUUGGGUCAAAGCCAAUGCCAAAGCCAAAGCCAAAAGUUGGGAGAUGUGCACCAGAGAGUCCACCAGUUUACACAAGGAGAUGUUGUUGCACUGCCAGCCGGUGUCGCGCAUUGGUUCUACAAUGGUGGUGAUGCGCCAGUUGUAGCAGUCUAUGUUUUUGACGUAAACAAUAAUGCUAACCAGCUUGAACCUAGGCAAAAGGAGUUUUUGUUGGCUGGUAACUACAACGGAGUGCUACAAUCUGGACGGAACAUACUCAAUGGUUUAAAUGCCCAGUUGCUUAGCCAGGCCUUUGGUAUCAAUGAACAAACAUCACGAAUAAUUCAGAAUCAGAAUGACGGAAGAGGUGAAAUAGUUCGUGUGGAAUAUGGACUUCAAUUUCUGACGCCCGUCGUCACCCAACAACAGCAGAAACAACCCUUCCUACCAAUCGAACCUCAGGAAGGACAAUCGAGUCGCAACGGUUUGGAGGAGAACUUCUGUUCACUCGAGCCAAGGCAAAACAUCGAGGAUCCCAACCGUGCCGACACAUACAACCCACGUGCUGGCAGUAUCGCACGCCUCAACGGUCAGAAUUUCCCGAUCCUUAACCUCGUGCAAAUGAGUGCUACGAGGGUAAAUCUCCAGAAGAAUGCGAUUGUUUCACCAUUCUGGAACAUUAAUGCCCAUAGCGUGGUGUACGUGAUCCAAGGACAAGCUUCGGUUCAGGUUGUUAACAAUCAAGGCCGCAAUGUGUUCAAUGGACUUCUUCGUCGAGGGCAGCUGUUAAUCAUACCACAAAACUAUGUCGUUUUAAAGAAGGCGGAGAGUGAAGGAUACCAGUAUAUCGCUUUCAAGACCAACGCAAACUCCAUGGUUAGUCACAUUGCAGGAAAGAACUCCAUCCUGCGUGCCUUGCCCGUCGAUGUCAUCGCCAAUGCGUACCGCAUCUCUAGGCAAGAAGCUCAAAACCUUAAAAAUAACAGGGGAGAAGAGAUUGGUGUGUUGACUCCGAAUUUCCCCCAAAGCAGCUGCCAGAGUUACCCGAUCGGAGACGUGGAUUCAUCUUCGACCCCUAAGGCACAGGAGUGAAUGAGUUAGUAUGAUAACUAUUAG